AUGGCGGCCAGUCGUCUGCGGCCGCUUCUUGAGGAUGCUAUGAGAUCGCGGCCUCAAUUUGCCUUUUUACAGAAUCGGCAAACGGCCGAUGCAUUAGAUCGCGUUCAGGCGCACUGCGCGAUGGUGAGGCAACAGGUAGCCUCUGCCCGUCCGGAUCCCUUUGCGCGGGGCAGGAGACAAGCAUACAAACUCCGCGGAGGUAUGAUGUUAUCUCUUGAUAUUAGUAAAGCCUUUGACUGUCUUCCUAGGGAGUACUUACAUAAGGCCCUUUUGCGCAUAGGAACGCCACCCGACCUGAUCCAGCUUGUGCUCUUCCUUCAUCAUCACAUGUUGCUUGUGUUCGAGCGAGACAGCUACGUUCGGGAAAUCCGGACAGGCACCGGCAUACGCCAGGGAUGCGGCCUGGCACCGCUGUUGUGGUGUGCAUACACGCUCCUUGUAUUUGAUACCCUGGAAGCAUAUAUCCCCAGACAGCAGCUCACCCUCUACGCAGAUGACAUGCACAUCUACUGGACCAUUUCCUCGGCCCUACAGUACCACAACGCGCGUCGACAGAUAGGUAGAAUCAUAGCUGACCUUCAAUCCUUAGGCAUGCACAUAUCUUUCGACAAAACAGCGGUACUUGUACACCUGGGAGGCUCCGCCUGUGCCACAGCCACCAGAGGAUGCUAUCGUCGUCUCAGAACGGGCAAGCACAUCAUUGUGCCCACCCCUACGGGCUCAUUGCUGUUGCCAGUUAAGCGCGAGCACCUGUACUUGGGGAUGAAAAUCGGGUACCACAACUCUGAGCGCUCAUCAGUUUCCUAUAGAAUAGAACAAUCCUGGCAUUCGUUCAAUAGGAUCAGAAGAGUUCUCACUAGUGGGUCGCUGCCCCUUCCUGUACGACUGCGACUCUGGAAGGCCUGCGUUCGCACGGUACUUUUCUAUGGACUUUCCACUUUGCUGCUGGAUGAAGUGUGCGUCCAUAAGCUCCGCUCACACUGCUUUCGUCAGCUACGCAUUCUAGCUCGGUCCCCGGCGCAUGUUACCCACGAGAGCAAUGAUCAACUCUUGUCUAGACUCCAGUGCACGGAUGUGAUUGACUCGUUGCAGCAGCUCACGAACAAACGUGUGGCCCUAGCUAGACAACACUUAAAUCAUGUCCAAACGGACUUGGUGCAUCAAAGAUGGGCGCAGCUCCUGGAGCAGAAGCACGAAUCCCACACAAAGGCUGACCACCCCAGAAGCAGCCUGACCGCGGUAACCCAAGUACCUAGAAAACCAGCAACCUGCAAACACUGCGGGGCCACGUAUAGCAGCCUACAUGCCCUGCGCACCCACAUCGGGAAGUCGCAUCCUCAGGAGAGCCAAGCCAAAACCAAGAGUAGCUACCCGGAUAAAUCCCAUCGAACCCCAGACCUCAUGAAACAUGCUGUAGAUGGUCAGCCGCAGUGUGUACAUUGUGGAAAGCGCUUUGCAUCUUGGCGCUCUUUUGCAGGACAUUUUGUCCAGACUGCAUGUCCAGUUUACCAUGACCCAGAAGCCUCUGCCACAGCCGAUGUCAGACAACCUUCGGGCUUUGCUGAAGGGGUGUUCGCACCGGAAGCCGCAGAGGGCGAUGUCUGUACUCCGCAACCCUCGGCCAAUCAGCCGACUCCACUUUUUGAGCAAACUGCUGUCAAGACAGCUGCAGAGCAGGGUCAAAGAUCUGAAAUUGCAGCGCUCAUCCGCAAUGACAUAAACAAAGGAUAUUGUCCGAUUUGUCGCUACAAGUGCACGACCAGCUCCUACAUUAGCCGUCAUGCAUGCUUCCAGCACCCGGAUAUCAAAUCUGCCGAAUCGGUGGUGAGACAGUGGGCUCAGCACGUAGAAGGGCCUGGUCAAGCGUGCCGCUGGUGCCUGCAACCCUACCAGCAGACUGCCAAGGCUCAUCGUAAGGCAUGUGCAGUCUUGUGGACGGUUGGUCAUUUGUUGCACAAACAUUCUACCCUUGUAGCGACAGGACAGCGUGCCAUUGAGAACUAUGGCACUCAGCGCGUCGGAGGAGCUCAAGAGAGCCUCGCAGGAGCUUCAGCAGUUCGGGGGGCACUUUCGGGAGGAGCUGGAGGCGUCGACGAGACCCCCGUCACCGGCCUCCACAGCGCAGGGGACCAGCACCCUCUCGAACAGGCAGUCCGAGAGCUCCGGGGCGACCCGAUGGACACCAAGGAUCAGGCCAAGCGGGCCGACCUUGCGGAACCAUCCCAGGCUCCGGAUCAGGAGGAAACUCCCUCCAAAUACCAGAAGGCUGCAGGGAAGGGCAACCAGCACAGUCGUCCGCACGGCGACAAGUCCCUACAGGUGGACGCCCCGCAGCAGCAGCAGCAAGGUCGGCGCAGGGAGCGCGAGCGAGACUGGCAGCCAGCUUCGCAGCGGGGAGGCCAGCCCUGGUGGGAGUACAGAAGCCCGAAGUCUCCCCAGGAGAUGGAGGAAAUCAGGCAGCUUCUCCGCGAGCUCGCGAGGCUCGUCUUGCGCCAAGCAGACGCCAUCAGCUGUCUGCAGAUGGACGUGGGAUAUAUGAUCUUCUUAAAGACAAGCAUGCAGCCCCGACUCCCGGAGGAACCCACUGCCACCCUGGACUGGGCGGUGGUCCACAACCUGUACCAGGUUGCACAGAAGUGGCAUCAGGACAAGGAGAAGAAUCCGGAAUCCGUCACCACGACUCUCCGCACAACCCUGGUCUACUGCCUCAUCUCGACACUGCUGGAGCGCGUCGAGAGUGCCGAGAGCAAGCCGCAGGACAUGGCCCGCCUUCAGGCCCUGGGCCUGGUCGAGGACAAUCGCUUCCUCUACCUUCGCUGGAAUGCCGAGCGCCGCUGCCACGACAAGGCGACACGGGAGCACCUGCCCAUGGAGCAGGCCAAGAUUCACCUUCGCACCAUCAUGCAGCACCUGGUCUUCCCCAAGGUCAUCAUGUGGUUUCAUGCGCUGAGGAAGCUGUCAUCCACGAUGACCGCGGACAUUGUCCCGUUCACCCUCGAGAUCCACAACAGAUGCCAGGAGUCACAACAGGUAUUCAUGGCGUUCGAACGCCUCUGCCAUUCCUCCAUCUGGCACCUCUUGGGUGGGACCUUGAGGGCGAGCAAGCUCGGGCGGGGACCACUCGAGAAGAGCAUCGAGGACCUGGCUCGCAAGAUCUGA